ACCAAAGUGCCAUGUCGCAACACAUGCUCUAUACAAGCAGACAAUUAAAUGCACUCAGACACACACACAUACAUACAUAUUUGGGAUUUUCCAUGUCCAACCGCGUGACUAGCUAUCUGACUUUGGCAGUCCUGGAGCAGACUCUUGCCUAAUAUUGAUUGGCUUGUCUGUGUGGAGACAGAUGAAUGCAUUAGUACCCAGCUCACCCUGCCACUGAAAAUAUAUUAAGUUCAUGUAUUAGGCGCCCUGUCUGGUUGCCAUGGAGAUGCACUGGAAGUGAGGGACCAGGGGGGAGAUGAGGAGGGUGGUAGACGACUGGGGGAUACAGGAUGUGAUGAGGCAGUCGACUUGAUUUGUAGUCCUGCUCCCUCUUCCUCUUUCUCUGCCUCUGUCACUAAUGUGUCCUCUCUUUCCUUUUGUACCUACCUUUCUUCUCUGUUUCUCCUUACUUCAUGUUUUUUCUCUAACAUUGUUUCACCACUACUUUUUGAAUUUUCUAAACUCCACCAGCAAGAAUAUACACUUCCUCUUUCUUGUUGCUCACUAUUCUAUUGAUUUUGUUGACCCUUUUGUUCCUUUUUUUUUUUUGGCUUUUGUUCUCCAUCUCGCCACAUCACCAGUUACCCCUGUACGUACAUAAGCAUUUAACUCCCUCUUCAUCUGCCCCUCUCCCACCCACCGCCACCGCCGCCGCCUCCCUCCUUGGCUCGCUUCAUCUCUGUGCUCUGCAGUAAAACUGGUGCAUUGAGGCAGCAGGAAAUGGGGACUAGAGACAAUAGAAUGGAGGGAAGUAUAGACGGGAGUCUGUGGCGCUCUCCUCUCAAACCCAAGCAUGUUGAGAAAACAUGAGCAGGAUACUUUCAAAAUCUUACUUUUAAUUUCAUGUGGGAUAUGCACAUAAAAUCCUUAUUCAAGGCUUUGAUUUUUCAAGCUUCUUCUGGAAUAUCAAACCUUGGACUUUCCACAUUUGUGGUCACUGUGAGACCAGGAUUUGAAUAAAAACAGUUCAUACAGCAACCAUUGUUUUGAGUUUGAUGCCUGUGCUGAAAAAUGUGCACAUCUGCUUUGUGGCUCGUGUGUGUUAGCUUGCUGUUCAGCACCUCUCUAAGCUGCUAUCAGUGCUUUGUUGAUGUGCAAGACAGUCUUCGCCUGUGUUGGGGUCACAUUUUGACUAAGCACAAUGUUAGAAAUGUUGAUGCCUGCUUCAGGAAGCUGGACCGCAUAUUCAACAACCAUGAGGGAGUGAUUGAGGCUGGCAGAGUGGGUGAAGGCUAUGAGAAACAGCUGAAAGAAAUUCUGGAUAAAGAGAUUCUGCCCAUGGUGGAAGAGUUCAACAAAAAACUGAAUAAAGACACAGUGUAUGAGGAAAGGUUGCAGAAAGCAGCAGACAAUUUCAUCGCAGCUGCCUCCAAACUGCCUAGAGUUUCUGGAUGUUUCCCUCCAUGUGGUUUUCAGAGUGCAGGUGCAGUAUACAACUGUAUUACCUGCCAGUAUGACUCCUGUGAAUUCCCUCUCGAUUGUCCAGUUAAAGAAAUUCAAGUAAUGGAAAACAGCAGGAGCCGAAUGUGGUGCGACGUGCCAUUUCACUUACCAAACAAUAUUGAGGUGAUCUGGAGGUUUGCGGAAGAGGUGAAAACGCAGCAGGUGGAUCAGUUUAAAGAAGUGACUGCGGGGGUGGACAGGCUCUAUUCUAUCCCUUCAACCAGCUUGCAGCAUCAGGGCACCUACCAGUGUGAGAUCUACUCAGGCCUGCGCUCCAUUGUCAGACUAUACUACUAUCUCACAGGUUGUGGCAGGCCACACAGAGCUGCAGGAGAUAUUCGACCAGUCUCUGCUCCCAGGAGGGCGGUUACUCCCUGUGCCUGGUGGUCCUCCCCACUCUCUCCUCCUCCCCUCACCACUGCUUUUCACUGCCUGUUUAACUGCUUUGCUCCUGCUGCUAUUCCUCUCCUUGGGGGCUCUGUAUUGGUCAUCAAUACCAGAGCAAAUAACUCAUGCUGAACAAGCAUAUGGAGAUGAAGAUUUAGGAUAUAUGUAGUGCAAUAAAGGCAUUUCUUCUUA